UUGGGCGGAUGCAAAUUUUCCUCAACGUGGAACCUGCUUCCUUCUGGAAUCUAGAAAUACUUGAUGUGGACUUGAAUCAUAACUUUUCACAUAGGCUUCAACAUCAAUGCUUACUUGCUUCUUCUUACUCUUCUUCCUUCCUCUCACUCUCUCUGCAUCAUCAUGGACAUGGGUCAAAGCUGGUUAUUACUAUUCUGCCAGUGAAAUCUCUGCUUCAGACAUCAAAUCCACACUCUUCACUCACCUCUUAUAACAUCUUCAUCAACGCUUCUGAACUUCACAAGUUCUCAGCCUUCACCCAAACAGUUAAGUUCCAAAACCCAACCGUUUCAACACUUUCCUUUUCUCAAUGCUAAACCAAUCUUCUCAUAGAAAAUCCUUCAUUCAUUCUUCUAUUACAACAGCAAGGUCACAUGGUUUUCAAGGCAUAGAACUUAAUGGAGCAUCCCCAGUACCGGCUUCGGAGCUUGCCGAUUUCGGGAAACUUCUGGAGGAGUGGCGAGCUGCCAUAACUUCUGAGAGGAACUUGGAUUGGGUGCAUUUUCUGGCAUAUGAUUACUAUGUUCCUACAAAGAACAAUAUCACGGGUUUUCAUGCAGCUUUGUAUGGUCCAACUAAUUGGGACAACACUGAUUCUGGUAUCAAAGAAUGGAGAAGAAGGGGAUUCUCAUCUAACAAGCUUGUAAUUGGGUUGCCUUAUCAUGGAUAUGCAUGGACACUUGUGAAUCAAGGGGAGAAUUGCAUCGCGGCACCAGCAUCAGGACCUGCCAUUACAAUGAUAAAGAGUUUUCUUAGAAGCUUCGGGAAUAAUGGUGUUGUUUCAAGAUUUAAUAACACUUUUGUGGUGGAUGAGUUCACAGUUGCAGCCACCAUUUGGGUUGAUUUUGAUGAUGUGGAUUCAAUCAGAGCCAAAGUUUCUUAUGCCAAGGAAAAGGGACUUCUUGGCUACAGUGUGUUCCAACUUGCCAACGAUGACAAUUGGAUCCUUUCAAAGGCAGCUCAAGAAGUAGAUGAAGAUCAUCAUAAGAGGAGGUUGUUGAUAAUUGUUCUGCUAUCAACAGUAACUGUCAUAAUUCUGUUGGGAAUAGUGUUUUGCUACUGCCACAGAGGAACCGCAGCCACCAUUACAAAAGCAUUAUACAAAAUAAGGAAAUGUUUAUCAGGAGCUGAACAAGAUCAUGUAGAAGGGAAUGGUUCUGACUUGACUGCAUUCAGUUAUCUCACAAUCAAAAUGGCAACAAAUAACUUCUCAAGAGAUAAUAAACUUGGAGAGGGUGGAUUUGGCACGGUUUAUAAGGGAAAAUUACGAAAGGGGGAGGAGAUAGCUGUGAAAAGGCUCUCAGAAAGCUCGAAUCAAGGCCUAGAAGAGUUAAAAAAUGAAAUCGCGCUUACGGCAAGAUUACAACAUGUGAAUUCGGUUAGACUUCUGGGUUACUGCACAAAAAGGGAUGAGAAGAUUUUGAUCUAUGAAUACCUACCAAACAAAAGCUUAGAUCAUUUUCUCUUUGAUCCAAGGAAAUCAAUUCUUUUAGACUGGAGCAAGCGCGCCAACAUCAUUGAAGGGGUUACUCAAGGCCUUCUUUAUCUCCAAGAGUACUCAAAUUUCACCAUAAUCCACCGAGAUCUCAAAGCCAGUAAUAUUUUAUUAGACCAUAAUAUGAAUCCCAAGAUAUCAGAUUUUGGGAUGGCAAGAAUUUUCAGGAAAUAUGACCUUGAAGCAAACACAAGCAGGAUUGUUGGGACAUACGGUUAUGUACCUCCUGAGUAUGUGAGAAAAGGCAUAUACUCAACGAAGUACGAUGUUUAUAGCUUUGGAGUUCUUCUGUUGCAAAUCAUAAGUGGGAAGAGGACUUCAUGUUACUAUGGACCACAUGAAAAUAUGAACCUGUUGGAAUAUAUAUGCGGCCGAGGGAGAUCCGGCUGGUCAUGAGUGGGUACCUGCCCUCUCUGAUGUCUCAAUCAGACCUGGUUGGUUUUGGCAUCCUUUAGAACUUCCAAAGUCUGCAAUCAAUCUACUUGAAAUAUACUAUUAAGUCGGUUGGUCGAAAUUGUCACUUGCUACUCAAUGUGCCUCCAAACUCGUCGGGUCUCAUUUCACCCGAGGAUAUCCAAGUUCUUCAAGAGUUCACUGAACUCAGAAGAUCCAUAUUCUCCAACAAUUUCGCUAUAAAUGCGCUUCUUCAAGCCAGCAGCACGCGAGGAGAAGGAGGAGGAGGAGGAGGAGGAACUUGUGAUUCACAGUUUAGUAGUGGAGGAAACACUUUUACACCCAACACUGCAAACAUAAGUGGCAGAGGCUUCCCAGGUGCUCCAAGCAGCCCCUUCUCUACCCCAGCGGAGUCAACAAUGUUCCUGAAUUCAAGUUCUAAGCAGCCAUCCUUUGGCUUCAAUGACUUGAGCUCCACUCCAAUGUUUCAGACUACACCAGAUGUUCAAUCUCCAAGCAUGUCCCAAGGAGAGAAUGUUUCCACAGAUCUCAGUAUUUGGUUAAAAGAGAAAUGGAAUCCUGGAGAGAUUCCCAAAGAAGCUCCUCCAGAUUCAGUUGUUCGGUAGAAAUUCACAAACACAGCGCUCUGUACUAUGUUAACAAGAUUCAACAGUGAUGUUAGUUGUAUUUUUAUUAUGUUUGAUUAUGUCAGAUCAAGAGCAUAUCAAAAAUUGCUCUGGCUUUAGGAUAGUUGAUUUAUAUCAAUUGAUUUUGCAAAGAGCCGAGUGAAUAUUCAAAGGCCUUUAAUGUAAUUCAUAACUGUUAAAAUAUUCUGAUCUCAUUUUGAGCCAGAAUCAUAAAAUAUAUAGUUCUUACAUUGGAUGCCAUAUAGAUUGAAUCUUCUUUUUGUAAUUUUCCAAAUUUCAUAUUACGAGAGUAAAGAAAAACAUAUGUACAUGAACCAGAAAUGACUAUGCUGA